AUGUCGUCAGUUUCGCUUGUCCCUCGAGUGGAGCAGGACAUUAAGGCGAGCAUGGAUAGCCUGCAGAUGAAUUUCGGUUUGGACGCCAAGGUGGUCGCAGAAGUGCUCGGCACUGGGAUUCGCCACCUCGAGGAGUUUCGCUUCUUAUUCGAGAACGAGGCGGCGAUAGGUACCUGGGUGGGGAAGUUGGGGCUAGGGGACGCCACUAUGUUGCAGACCGCCCGCCUCCGUAGGGCGUGGAAGGCAACAUGCACAUACUACACCCAGGCGGAGCAAGACCGCUCUAAGGUUGCCUUGGCCGACCUCGACUCGAUUUUGGCAGACUCCGAACUUCGCACGCUGAAGGAAGCCUUUUGGAUUCGCUAUAAGUUGCGCUUUCCUGCCGAAGUGCAACCCUCCGACGCAACAGUCUCCCGCAUCUCUCGGGAACUUUCCAAGAGGAUGCUUUGUAUAUAUGACGUAUGGCGAGUGCGAUCCCUACAAUUCCAGUUAGGCACCUCACAAAAGCGGCGCAAGCUGGCUGAUGGCCUCUAUACCGAUGAGCCUGAAGUCGACGAGGUCGUCGCUCGGGAUGUGGACACAUAUCUUCACAAGCUCCACACGCUUAUGAUCGCAUACGCGCUCAACGGGGUGCAGGUGAUCGCGGGAGUGGACCCUGCGGGAGAGAAAGCGCUGGGCGCCAACUCUUGCCAGUUCGUCGAGGUGCCUUUGGAUUGUGUGCUGGCAUACUACUACCGGGCCCGUAAGGCCGCCAUGCAAGUCGCUCCCGCGCAGCGGCUGAGCUGGCUCCAGCAUCGGGAUGCCGAGGAGCGAGCUGAGUGGGUCUCGCGGUUCCGGGAGGGGGACCCGGACGUUAUGGAAGCACGUGACGCCCACUGGUUGGCGCCAGCGCUGCCGGAGGUAGGGCCAGUCGCUCCGAAGCCCCAGCCAGUGAUCACUGAGCCAACCAAGUCUUCUUUGUUCGUCCCGGGACCCAUGGUGGGAGGUAAGCCCACAGCCCGUGUGAUGAAAGAUGGCACCAAGCUUUGCGGUGACUACCAGAAAGGGUCCUGCAAGCACGCACCUCCGUGCCCGAAUGGGGCCCAUCGCUGCGCCGUGGUUCUCCGGGCCGAACGCGUCUGUGGUGCGCCCAACCAUGGGGCAGCGAAGUGCAAGGCCAAGGCGAAAGCGAGGAGGGAGUUGACCCCUUGCCUGGUGAUGCUUCACCGCGAAGACAUCACUCUGGGCCGGGCUUUUCAGUGCUGCGGUUGGAAAGUCUUGGCCGCCGAUCGCUUGACCCAAGAGGCCGAUUGCAUUUGGACGGGGCUGGCCGCGCCUCCGCCUAUCUCGCCGGACUCCUUCGAGCAGCUGUUGCAAGGCUGUGCCUCCAGGGGGGCUGCCGUUGUUCAGGAGGGGGUUCCUCCAGAAACAGGCUCGGCCAGCAGUCCUUCAGCAGUUUGGCUCGAUCUCUGGUAUGACUCCUGCGUCUUUCUCGACGUGCACAGGCAUACUAGACUCCUUCGACACAACGUGGCCGAGAUCCAGCAAUGGCCUUCGGUUCGGUGCCACCACCGCCACCCGCCUCAGGGGAGUGACCCCUGGGGAGGGGGUCGCGAGGGUCGGCCUGUGAGCUGGUGGGCUGCUAGGUGUGGACGAGCGAAGCUCCGGGUCCAUCGAUGGCCGUUGGUGGAGCCGGUGGGUCGGCGCGAGCAUUGGGUGGACGUUAACCCCCGAUCGCGCGCCGACUGGGCAGUGGAGCCCAUGGCUGUAUUCCUGGGCCUACGCCCACAUGAUCCGGGAAUGGACCGCCUGGUCCCGCUUGGGCGAGCCCUGGGCGAGGUCGAGUUACGCGACCGGCUGCCAGUUACCAAAUGGUGUUCCCCGUACACUCCAGGGUACGACUGCUCCCCGUCCGAGUGGAUGCUUCUCUUUGUCGAGCACAUCGUUUGCAAUUUCUGGACUUCUCUCCCCGACUUGCAGGGCGCGACCCUUGUCUGCGAUUGCCCCUUGGGCUCCUUGUGUGAAAGGGAUGUCCUGGCAGGCCUGGUGUGGUACCAAUUGGCCUCGAGCCGGAGUGGAGGCAGCUGGCAGGGUAUGCCAGCCCCGGCAUGGAGUGCCGCGUGGGCCGCCUUCACCCAGAUACCAGCCUCUGUCGCUCAUGUUAUUCCCUACUCCCCGCAGGAGUCCGUCAUCACGGCUUUCCGCAGCCUGUUCCCUUCCUCGGCCUUCCGUGGCUUCGUCUUUCCUUUCAUCGAGGACCUGGUGAACAGUCCUCCUUUCACUCUUUUCCCCCAGUGGUUGCGGGAACAAGGGCUUCGCUGGGAUGGCGCGUUGGGCCCUUCUCUUUCUGACCCCGCCUGCAGGUUGAUGCAGCGCACAGCGGCUUUGGCUAGGGGGGACGACCCCUUGCCUACAGAACACCCUCCGGUCUUGGACCAAGACCUCCACUUUGCGGCAGCGAUGACUGUCGGGUCUCUUGGCCGCCUUCGCGAGUUGAGGCGCGAGUGUGUCGGCCCGCUUCGGGAGUUGAAGCGCCGUUGGAGCCAUGUGGGGGACCACCUGCGUAAGCUCCAGACUCCGGCGGUCCGGAAGGUCACGGCCCAGCGGGACCUGGGCUUGCUCAGUCUCUUUGUUGUUCUGUUGUCUUGGCCGGACACCACUCUCCCUUCACACCUUUUGUUCGGCAUGCCCGCGGUCGGUACCUCUCUCCCCUGCGGAGUCUUCCCGCAGCAGGGCUUCGACACAAUUCCUCUCCAUCGUCUUUUCGAGAACGUGGAAUCCCACAACAAAGCUGUCCAAGGAUCUAUUCGGCCAGGCCCACACGAUGACUUUUUGUUGGAGCAAUCUACCAAGGACUUCGAAGCGGGGUUUUGUUCGGCACCGUUGUCCUGGUCGGAGCUUCUUCGCCACACCAAGGGCAAACCGAUUCGUUUGAUACCGAGGUGCGUAAUUUCUCAGGCUUCCGGGAAGCAGAGGGUGAUCGACAACGCGGACCAUGGAGGCCAGAGCGAGUUGAGCUCUGACUCUAACAAGUUGGUGUUGUGCUCAGCCCUCCGCCCGGCCCAGCAUGUUUCCUUGGCAAUGCGAUGCGCCAGCCCGGCGGUCGCCCGCCGCCUGCUGGAGGAAGACCAGUGGGAAGGCGGCGGCGAAGACUGGCCGGACGCCUAUCGCCAUUGCCCUAUGGACGAGGACCAGUCCAGGGCCUGCGUGGUGGUAUGGUACCAUAAGGAUUGGGCCCAGCCGGCGUACCAGGUAUAUUCCGGCCUCCUCUUUGGGCUCCCUUUGGCAGUGACCAGCUUCAAUCGGCUCAGCCGUUUCUCCGAGGCGGUGGGCCGCCGGCUCGUCUGUGUCCUGGUCUCAAUGUAUUUCGACGAUGCGCACCUUACCGACCCCGCUUCUGCGAAGGGCUCAGCCCAGUUCGCCUUCUCCGAGGUCAACAAACUUUUGGGCUCCCCCUUCGCGGAGGCAAAGCGACAGCCGAUGAGCACAGUCGGCGACUUUCUCGGGCUGGAGUGGGACUUCCGCGAUGUGGGGUGUCACCACGUCGUUAGGUUCUGGGUCCGGUCCAGGCUCCAAGCCAAGGUCGAGGGCCUUUUGUUGCAGGCUGAGCAGGAUAACUCCCUGCCCCCAGGCUUGGCGUCGAAGCUGUAUGGCAUGCUCAAUUUUCUCGAACAGGGGGUGUAUGGCCGGAUUGGCACAGGGGGCAUCGGCGCCCUCAAGGAACGCCAGUACGAGGCAGCUCGGGAGUUGACCCCAGCUAUCCGCUCGUCAUUCGAGGUUAUCCGAGCCAUCUUGGCACUGCGACCGCGUCGGUCCGUGGAGGUGCUACCCUCCCCCUGUGCCCGAUUCGUCGCAGCUAGCGAUGCCGCGGAGGACGAACCGCGCAAGGGCACAGGCGGUUUCCUGUUGCUCUGGCCGGGCAGCGAGCCCGGCCGCGAAGCCUUCGUGGCACGGUCGAUCGGCAUACAUAUGAUGCCUUUCUCCCGGGGGAGGUUAAAAUCGCGCAGCUCGAGCUUUCAAUGGUCCUCUUCGCCCUUACAGCUCGGGCUUCUACUUUUCGUUCUCGUCGUGGCACAUGGUAUAUUGACAACGUAG